AUGAUGAUGAGUGAACGUGUAAAACUUUUCCAUAGCGUUGUGGUAGCUGAUGUGAGAGUGCAAUAUGAUGUUUUGGUGGAAGCCCUCAAAAAUAUACAGAAAUUGGAAGCUGAGCUAACAGUGGGAGAGAAGAAUUGCAUAAGAAUGGUGCAUAACAAUCUAAUCUGUGAGAUGAAAAAGACAUGGAACACUCUCAAAGCUAUGAAGCUUAAGGAAAGAGUAGAAGGGAAUGAUAAUCUGGAGAUGGUUCAAGAGUAUUUGCAGAAGCAAUUGAUUGACCUUAAAAGCACAUCUGACGAGAUAAAAAAAUUAUUGGGUAUAACUGUCUAA